AACCACUCCGGCGCUUUACGCCGUGGACCGCCGCCACGGUGCACACACGCCCGAACGGCCCCGCUGUUGCGACCGAGGCUUUCGACCCCCACCGUCACCCCCCACCCUCCGUCGUGCACCACCGGUGGCGGUGGUGGGGGGCAGUAGACGGGCUUCUCCAGUGCGCCACCGAAGGACACAGUGCCGUACCCCCGAGUCGGCCGGUGUUGCCGCCGCCACUCGUUGAAUGCGCCGGCUACCGCAGCGGCAAGGGGAAUACCCGGCGAGGACCGUGCGAGCCCCAGUGGUGGUCGCCCUCUUCUUCGCUCGUGCUCCUGACGACUCCGCCGUCGACUCGGCCGCGAGGACGGCAGCUGCGGCUACUCGGCGGCGGCCCCUAAACGCGGGGAGGCAUCAGCAGCAGGCGCCGUCGGAGCUGCAGCGGCCAGCAGAAGCCGGGCGAUAGCUUAUGCCUCCCUUUGACGCGCCCGCACAGCCGGCCCAUGGAUUCCGAGCAUCGCUGGACAUGGACGUAGCCCACUCGACGAACAACAGCAGCAGCGGUGGUCCCCUUCAAGCGCAGCCGCAGUGCCUGCCGGCCGACCUGAGCCUUCCGUCAAAGUCGCGAGCCGUGGCCCCGUCGCCCGCGGCACUCUUGGGCUUCCGAAAGACCGCGACCCACCACCACUCCGCUUCAACCAUGGCCCCGGCCGCAGCAGCGGCUGCAGCUGCAGCCGCAGCCGCCGCAGGCGGGCCCUUCUGCGCCGGCGGUCCGUUCCCUCUGGGCGGCCCACUGCCCCUGCUGCCCGGCUUCGCCAUGGCGCCGUUCGCGCCCUACCCGCUACUCUUCCUGGCCGGCGCCAGCGCCGCGGCGCACAAGGAGGCCGCCAGCUCGCAGCUGUCGCCCGCUGCGCCCACCGUGCGCGGCGCGUCCUCGGCCACGAGCACGGUACGCCUGCGCGCCAACCACUCCCGACCUCGCGGCAAGUUCGACUUCUCGCGACUCGCGGAGUCGGCCACCUCGCGGGACGGCGACUCGGACGCGACCCGCUCCUCGCUCACCGCCGACGGUCACGAACGGACGGCUCCCCGGCUGAGUCCGCACCAGCCGCCCUCUAUGCCUGCUCAGCACCACCCGUCGGCGACGACGCAGCGCGGUCUCCUGGGCCCGCCAGGGUCGGCCGGCAGGCCGCCGCCGCCGGCCUUCCCGUUGCUGCCUUCCUACUACUCGCUACAGGGCGCCGUCGGACCUCUGGCGGGCGAGCUGUUCGAGCGGAAGCCCGUGCGAGGUCGCGGCGGCUCGUCGCGGCCCAAGAAGGAGUUCAUCUGCAAGUUCUGCCAGCGCCGGUUCACGAAGUCCUACAACCUGCUCAUCCACGAGCGGACGCACACCGACGAGAGGCCGUACACGUGCGACAUCUGCCACAAGGCGUUCCGCCGACAGGACCACCUCAGGGACCACAGGUACAUCCACUCGAAGGAGAAGCCGUUCAAGUGCAGCGAGUGCGGCAAGGGUUUCUGCCAGUCGCGCACCCUGGCCGUGCACCGCAUCCUGCACCUGGACGACUCGCCGCACAAGUGCCCCACGUGCGGCCGCAGCUUCAACCAGCGCUCGAACCUGAAGACGCACCUGCUCACGCACACCGACAUCAAGCCCUACCACUGCCCGGCGUGCGGCAAGGUGUUCCGGCGGAACUGCGACCUGCGAAGGCACGCGCUCACGCACACCCUUGGCAUACCCGAGGACCCGGACCUGGAGAACUCGUGCAAUGCGCCGGGGACGUCUUCGGGCGCCAUCGACAUCAUCGAAGACGACGAUGACGACGACAGCGACCACCAGCCUGCGGACAUACUCGACGUGGAGAACUGAUGCGUUACUCAUGCAACUCGGUUGGGAAACUGGCACGUCGCGUGCCCGGACCUGUGUGUUGUGAGCGCGAGAGGCUGCGUGGAUGGCUAAACGGUCGUGCGUGUGAGUCAUGAUGGAGUUCCUGCGAGCGAUGUGUUGCUCUACACCACGCAGUCUACCCGCUUGUGGCUGUCACCAGAAGGAUCAACGGUCCACUGAC